AUGCGACAAGAACUAAAGUAUUUGAUCUACUCGCACAUCGCUAUAGUCGUUGUGCUACUGUAUCUGACGUUUGACCUGCUCACGCUGGCCAUCGACGACACGUUCCAGGAUGCCCUGUUAGACGUGGACCUCAACCCUCCAAAAGACGCGGCCCCCAAGCCAAAACUCAUCCCCAAAAUCAUUCACCAAACCUACAAAACAGCCGAUGUACCCGAGCACUGGCGCGAGGGACAACAGCGCUGCAUCGACUUGCACCCUGACUACGAGUACAAGCUCUGGACGGACGAAACAGCCCGCCAGUUCAUCAAGGAAGAGUAUGGCUGGUUCCUCGACACGUUCGAUGGGUACCGCUAUCCUAUCGAGCGUGCAGACGCACUGCGCUACUUCCUGCUGUCACAUUUCGGCGGUGUCUACAUCGAUCUCGACGAUGGGUGCAGACGUAAGUUAGACCCUCUACUGACCGUGCCCGCGUUUGUUCGGAAAACCAGCCCGACUGGUAUCUCUAACGACGUUAUGGGCUCUGUCCCGCGUCAUCCCUUUUUCCAAAAGGUUAUCGAGUCGUUGAAAAAAUACGACCGCAACUGGUUUGUACCUUACAUCACCAUCAUGUUUUCCACGGGCCCUCUAUUCGUGAGUGUCAUUUGGAAACAAUACAAGAGAUGGGGAGUUCCAGAAAACGGGGUCGUGCGUAUUCUACAACCGGCUGACUACAAAAAGCACACAUACUCCUUUUUCUCCAUUUCUCAGGGGUCUUCUUGGCAUUUAGACGAUGCCAACUUCAUCAAGUCCUUGGCCCACCACAUCUUGGCCUGUGUCAUCCUGGGCUUCAUAGUGGCUUUUCUCGUUCUUUACGCCGAGUACUGCUUUUACUGCUGGCUUGGGUCCGGUGGUGGAGCUCGUCGUAUCGGGAAGGCUUUCAAGCGUGGCUUGGCGUGGUUGGGCAUUUUUUCUGACAAUAGCACAAGCCCUGAAUCGAUGGAGCUUAGGUCCAAGUUUAGAAGAUUGCGCAAGGACUCCAAUCUCCCGGUAAAAAUUAUCUUCCCCGACCUGGAGGAGAACAGCUCUGAUCAGCACGCUGAUUUGAAUGGCAAUUAG